UCACUUCCCCCACAUGUCCCCUUCCCCCUUCUCCUCCUUGAAAUUCCCAACACCACCCACACUCACUCUCUCUCUCUAAAACCCUUCGUCUUCCUGACUCUGCUUCACUCUCGUUUUGGUCUCUGCUCGAACACGCCCACGAUGAAGCUCUUUCUCUUCCUCGCCAUUGCGUCCCUCCUCGCCGCCGCACACGGCCCCGCCCCGUCAGCAGCUGCCCACCACCACGAGCCUGCCCCGGCGCCUGCGGUGGACUGCUCGUCCCUCAUCCUGAACAUGGCCGACUGCCUGUCCUUCGUUAGCAACGGGAGCACCUCCACCAAGCCGGAGGGGACCUGCUGCUCCGGGCUCAAGACCGUCCUCAGGACCCAAGCCGAGUGCCUCUGCGAGGCCUUCAAGAGCAGCGCCCAGCUGGGGUUCGUCCUCAACGUCUCCAAGGCCCUCACCCUCCCCUCCGCGUGCAAGCUCUCCGCCCCUUCCGUCGCUACCUGCGCCAUGUCACAGAGCCCAGCUGCCGCUCCAGGUCCAUCUCCAACAGCCGGAGGGGCGCUAUCCCCAACCGGGGGGAACAUGAUGGCGCCUGUCCCGACUCCCGGGAAUGCCGCCCCUGUCGGUCGCGCCAUAUCACUAGGCUGGUUGAUCUCGGGCAUCGCCCUCGGGCUGAUCCUGACUGUGGACAAGAUGUGAGCUCGCUGUCAGCAUUUUGCUGCCAAAGUGAAUUAGAGCAGAGGGAGAUGCAUGUCGCUAUUAGGUUGAUGAUGAUAUGAUGUAAUGAAACCGGAGACUUAUGUACUGAGACCAUUGGACUGGACCAUUUCCAUAUAUCUCAUUGAUGGCCGAUUUUCAGAAGGUUUCCGAGA